AUGGAGGAAGCUGGAUACUUAACUGGGUUUGUCUGGAGGCCCGAUUACUGUGUGGUGUGUAGUGUGAAACCCGAUUUCGUUAGAGCCAUUUUGACUAGCGGUAAUACGUGUCGGGUGGUGGAGGUGGCGCUUGCAAAGGCUCGAUCCUGGGACGUGGGCCCUUACUUGCCAGAGGAGACGAUGGCGAAGGUCCGGGUUUUCCCCUUCUCUGGUGAUAAUGAAGUGCCCGAGACAACCUUUGUAGAUCGGUUGUCGCAUGUGAUGAAGACAAAUAUGAUCAAAAGGAAGAAGAAGAAUAAGAUGAAGAAAUAA